AUGAUAAACUUAGAAUCUCUUAAUCUAUCUCAGAAUAAUCUUGUUGGAGAAAUCCCUGAUACCAUUUCAGUUUUGUCGUUCUUAAGCUUCUUGAAUUUGUCAAACAAUAACCUUGUUGGACAAAUACCAAUUGGCACUCAGCUUCAGAGUUUUGAUGUUUCAUGCUAUGUUGGGAAUCCUGGACUGUGUGGAGCUCCUCUAGCAGUAUGUUAUUAUGAGCCAAACCCACAUGGAGGACACAAUGAUCCAUCCUUCAUUUUGAAACCGUAA